AUGGACAAGGUUUAUGAAGAGCUUGAUGAAGCAAAAGCAGAAAUAGAGAAACUGAGGGCAGAACUAAGAGCCAAGACAGAUUCACUUGAGAACUUGAAGAAAUUCUAUAAUUCACAGGUCAAUCAGAUACAGGAAGCAAAGUUAAAAGCUGAGAAGCUGGAUCAAAAACUGCUUCAACAAGAAGAUGAAAUCUCUGAAGCAAAGUUGGCCUGUGAAGAUCUCAAAGGGAAUUUGAAUAAAAAGGAGGCAAUAAUCAAACUUCUCAGUGCUGCAAAUGAUAAACUUCGAGUGGAAUGUGAUGACAAGUUCCAAAAAUGGGAAGAAGAAAAAAGAGGGUUGGUGUUGGCCUUAGAGGAGGUGAGUGAGAAGACACAGAACCAGGAACAACAGAUUUAUCUGUACAAACAAGAUAUUGAAAGACUGAAAGGUUGUCUUUCGGUUUCAAAGGAGAAGUGUUUAGACUCGGAGAAAAAAAGUAGAGUGUCCAAAGAACUAAGAGAAAGAGAUGACAUGUUCCAGAAGUUAGAGGAGGAAAGCAGGAAGGUGGAAGAUCAACUAAAAUGGAAGAAGGAACAGUUUAAGCAUCUAGAAGAAGCACAUGAAAGACUUCGAGAGCAGUUUAAAUGUAGCAAAAAGGAGUGGGAGAUGGAACAAUCUACAUUGAUAGAUGAGAUUUCUUCACUUCAGACUAGGUUAGACUCUCAGAACAGAAUAUCAGAGGAUUUACAGCAUCAGUUACACGCUUGCCACCAUGCUCUUGCUCAUGUAGAAAGCCAGAAAAAGCGACUGGAAGUUGAAGUUUCAGAUCUUAAGGUGCAGCUUGAUAAUGCUAGUAAUGGAUACCAAGAUGCUAGGUUGCAGCUAGAUUGCUUAAACACUGACCGUGACAAAGAUAUUGCAGAUUUGAGAUAUUUGAUAAAAACAAAAGAGGCAUGUAAUAAAGAAUCAAAGUACAGAAUUGAUAAGCUGGAGCAAGAAAAUGAAGAGCUGCGGAUGUCGCUCAAAGAACUCCAGGAAGCUCAAAUUCAAGAGGCAGGAGCUUCAUACUCACAGUCAAAGUUGCGGUCCAAGCUCAGAAGUUUGGAACAAACUCAUAAAGAGUGUGCCUCUACUUUAAAGGCUAAAGAAUCUGAGUGGAACUUUAAGCUAAAACAAUUGACAGCAGACCUGAAUAGAUGUCAGUCUGAGUUGGAAAAUAAAAUUGAAGCAGUGGAAGGCCUCGAGAUGGAACUAAGAAAGUCUCAUUCUUUAUCCGUUGAGAUGAAGUUAUUGAAUGAGGAGAUGUCUGUGAUUCUGUUAGUGUUGAAACAAGGAAUUUCUGAGGCUCAUUUGAAGCUUGCUACGGGUAAAGAUGAGAUGAACCUUAUCAACAAAGUGAGAGAAGAGGAGAUUUUUCAACUGAUGAAGCAGUUGGAGAUGAAAGAUGCUGCUUUGAUGAGUGCCCAGAAAAGCAUAAAUGAAGAACGUGAGAUAUCAGCACGUUUGAAUGAGGAGAUGUCUGUGAUUCUGUUAGUGUUGAGACAGGGAAUUUCUGAGGCUCAUUUGGAUCUUGCUAGUAGUAAGGAUGAGAUGGAGCUCAUCAGCAAAGCGAGAGAAGAGGAGAUUUUUCAACUGAUGAAGCAGUUGGAGAUGAAAGAUGCUGCUUUGAUGAGCGCCCAGAAAAGCAUAAAUGAAGAACGUGAGAUAGCAGCAUGUUUGAUGAGAAAGGUUGAGUCUUGUGGAUUCAACAGUGAACUAGAGCAUUCUCUGCAAAAUGAACUUGAUAGGCACAAGGAAAUGCUGGAGGAAUCAAUUAUAAGUCAGCUGAUCCUCAAAGAUAAGGUUUUUCAUAUGGAAUGUAACUUUAAAGAACAGCUUGAAGAAAUUCACGAUGCUUUAGACAGUGUAAUCAUUGAAUUGGAUGAGACAAUAUGUGAAAGAAAUGAAGUGGAAUUUGAAUUGCAAAUAUGGAAGUCAAUUGUUGAGCGCUUGAAGAAUGAACUCGAAGAAAAUCAUGUGGUGCGUAGAGAAUUGGAAACUUCACUUCUUGCACAAGUAGACUUUGGUGAAAGCCUCAAGCAAGAGAAAGACAGCUUGGUUUCUAGGUUGGAAGAGAAAGAGAGUAGCCUGGAUUAUCUGCAGCAACAUGUUGUGCUAUUGGAACAUGAGCUAAGAACGAGGGGAGAAUCGGCGGAGUCUUCUGAGUCUGAUAAUGUCAGAUAUCUCCGGAUCAUAGCAGAGAAAGACAAGAUUGUAGAAGAGCGCGAGAAAGAAUUUGAAAGUGCUGCGAUUGUGAAAGGCACAUUGGAAAGAACCUUGGAGGAUGAGAACGAUAAUCUUAUCCAGCUUAUGAAAGGAAAAGACAGGAGAAUGGAUGAACUCAUGCAGCAGAUGACUUCACUGGAGCAACAGUUCACCGACUCCUUGACCACCUUUUCUUCACAGCUUGCUGAGAAACAGGCUGAAAUUAAUCUCAUCCGGGAAGCUUGUGACAAGAUUACGGCCUCUCAGAUUCUAGCUGCACUUGAAAUUGAAGAGAAGAAGCUGAUGGUAGUGGAACUUGAGGAUGAUAUACGUGCUAUAAAGCAGAAACUGAAAUUGCAGGAGGAAAACUGGAUCCAAUCAGAGCAAGUAGAAUUGGGUGCAAAACAAGCCAAAGUAAUGGAGUUGAACGAUCAAAUGGUGACUAAGCUAAGAAAAUCAGAUGCUUUGCUUCAGAAACUGAAGAUGGAGAAUAGAAAUUUACUUGAAAAUGCCACGGGACUGUUAUUAGAGAGGGAAAACUUGUUGGCUUUUGUUCAGGGAUUCAGUGACAAAAUCUGUGAGUUUUCUACUGCAGACACUCUACUAAUGGACAUGUUGAGAAGCAUGGUGAAGUCUUUUGAGAAUGGUUGUCCAGCUAUGAAUUUGAAAAAGGGUGAUGGUUUCCUUGUAAAAGAGAAUAUGUUUAUUCAGUCUCCCACGAGGAUAAAGAAACUUGAAUCCAAUUCUGAUACUAGAUCGCCCUUCAAGGAGCUAAAUUUGCUAGAAGAAUAG